AUGUCUCUUGUGCCGGAUGGUUAUACACAUGGUGAACUUCUUGAAAUGGCACAAGAAGAUUAUGGUCUGGACAAGAAAAUCGAGAAGGUGGUGCUAACAUAUUCCUUACGAGACGUCAUUUUACAGAAAAUGGCUCUGGAUACUCCUCCUAUGCAUGUCACGAAUGAUAGACAAGUCCAGAGCCAAGUAGAAGCUGGAGUUGAUGAUGAUGUGGAUGUGUCUGAUGGUGAUGAUAGUAUUUUUCCUGAUGAAGAUACUGGUCAAAAUACUGAUGAAGAGUGGGAUGAAGAUAGUAAUGCUGAUGAUGAUGUUCAAGCAAUUGCUGAUGAUGUUCAAGCAAUUGCUGAUGAUGUUCAAGCAACUGCUGAUGUUGAUGUUGAUGUUGACGAUGGUGUAAACUACAGUGAUUACGGGAAAGUGAAAGAUGAGGAUUCUGACGAGGAUGCAAAUGAAACGCUUUAUGAUGGUCAUAAAGCACAGUGCUCUGGUGGUGAAGGAAGAUUGUUGUCCUUAAAUGACAAUAUAUAUGUCGGUCAGAGUUUUGCUAGUAAGGCUGAGCUUGAUUCAAAGCUGAAGUUGGUGGCUGUGAAAUGUAAAUUUACAUUCACAGCAUAUAAGACAACGAAAACUCUAGAUGUGGCUAACUGUCGUGUUCAAGGAUGUGGUUGGAAGCUUAGAGCGAAUCGGGUUGGGAUUAAAGAUGGGCUUACACCGAAGCAUAUCAAAGACGCGAUGAGGAACAUGUUUGGGAUGAAGCUAGAUUACAACACUUCGUAUAGAGCUUUGUUAUAUGCGCAAGAGUUGGUGAGAGGAACAACAAAAGAUGGAUAUGAGAAUCUGCCUUCUUAUUUGCGUCAGAUCGAGAUAUCGAAUCCGGGAACUGUCACAUGUCUUGAGAAAGAUGGUGAAAACAGAUUUAAGAAUCUAUUCCUAUCUUUUGGAGCUUCGAUAGCUGGUUUUACCUAUCUUAGGAGGGUUAUUGUGGUGGAUGGGACCCAUCUAUGUGGAAAGUAUGAAGGAGUUAUGCUAGUUACGGCUGCCCAAGACGGCAAUUUUCAGAUUUUUCUAUUGGCUUUUGCGAUUGUGGAUGCGGAGAAUGAUGAUUCGUGGGAAUGGUUUUUUACCCAAUUGCGGAGAUGUGUUUCAGAUCAGUAUGAUUUGGUGAUAGUGUCUGACAGGCAAGGUUCCAUUAAGAAGGCGUGUGAGAAGGUUUUCCCUUGGGCAAGGCGAGGAAUAUGCUGUUAUCAUCUACAACAGAAGAUAGUCCAAAAGUUCAAGGGAAAUCACAUGUUGUACUUGGUCAAAGGCGCUGCUUAUGCACAUACGCUUUUCGAUUUUAACCGCUACAUGGAUGAGAUAUGGAAUAUAAACCCCAACCUUCCAACAUAUUUGGAGAAUGCUUACAUCUUGUUAUGGUCACAAGUUCACUUUCAAGGUGAUAAAUACAACAUAAAGACUAGCAACAUCGCAGAAUCUAUCAACUCCGCACUUAAGCCAGCCAAAGGAUUCCCAAUCUCAUUCCUUCUAGAAUUUAUACGCGAGAAGCUAGGAAGGUGGUUCUUUAAAAGGAGAGAAGAUGCUUUGAGUCUCACUUCACAUCAUAGUCGGGGAGUUGAAAACUAG